AUGAGUAGCACAGGAAAAUACCAAGUUUAUGUCACCCGCUCUGAUAUGCCACAUGGUGGUAUAGAAUUACUCAAAAAACAAUGCAAACUUAUACUCUGGAAUCAGCCAUCCCCAGUACCAAGGUCUGAAUUUCUAAAAAGUGUGGUGGGUGCAAAUGGCAUAUUCUGCUCUCUUACUGACAAAAUUGACAAAGAAGUGUUGGAUGCAGCUGGACCUAACUUAAAAGUUGUGGCAACAAUAUCAGUGGGUUAUGACCAUAUUGAUGUGCAAGAGUGUAGGGAAAGGGGUAUCAGGAUUGGAUAUACGCCUGAUGUGUUAACUGAUGCUACAGCUGAACUUACACUGGCUCUCCUCUUAUCAACCUCAAGGCGUCUACCAGAAGCUCAACAUGAAGCAAAAACUGGGGGUUGGGUUUCUUGGGCACCAACUUGGAUGACAGGGCCAGGGCUUGCUGGUUCCACGGUUGGGAUUGUUGGAUUUGGUAGAAUAGGUCAAGCAGUUGCUAGAAGAGUGAAGUCCUUUAACACUAAGACAAUACUUUAUUAUAACCGCAGUGAGAAACCAGAGGCAAAAGAAAUUGGUGCAGUCAAAGUUACUUUUGAUGAGUUACUCAUGCAAAGUGACUUUGUCAUUUGUUGCUGUGCAUUAGUGCCAGAGACUAAAGAACUGUUUAAUAAGACAGCAUUUGAAAAAAUGAAAAGAACUGCUAUUUUCAUAAACACAAGCCGUGGUGGGACUGUAGACCAAAAUGCAUUGAUUGAAGCUUUACAAAAGAACACUAUCAGAGCUGCAGGCUUGGAUGUGACUACACCAGAGCCUUUACCCUUAGACAGUCUAUUGUUUAAACUUAAGAAUUGUGUUGUGCUACCUCAUAUAGGCAGUGCUUCUAUAGAAGCAAGAAAUACAAUGAGUGAACUGACAGCUAACAACAUUUUGGCUGCCCUGAAUGGGUCAGAAAUGCCAGCUGAACUUAAGUGA